AAGGAUUGGAGAAGUGCAGUUGAGUUGGAGAAGACAGCAAUGAAGGUUUCAGCGGUUAGCAGUCCCAGCUUCACUGUUGGUGUUACCCGCGUCCCUCACCGAUCCCAAUCGCUCUCACCAACGUUCAAAUCAUCACUCGCCAUAAGAUGCUCCUCCGCCGCUCCUUCCGCCAAGCUCCUCCGCCGAAUCCUGGACUCCCCGGGGCUCCACCAAGGCCCCGCCUGCUUCGACGCUCUCAGCGCCAAGCUCGUCCAGGACGCCGGCUUCCAGUUCUGCUUCACCAGCGGCUUCUCUAUCUCCGCCGCCAAACUCGCUCUUCCCGACACCGGCCUCAUCUCCUACGCCGAAAUGCUCCAGCAAGGCCACCUCAUCACGCAAGCCGUCUCCAUUCCCGUCAUCGGCGACGCCGACAACGGCUACGGCAACGCCAUGAACGUCAAGCGAACUCUCAAGGGAUACAUCGCCGCCGGUUUCGCCGGAAUCAUUCUCGAAGAUCAGGUGUCGCCGAAGGCGUGUGGACACACGCGCGGGAGGAGAGUGGUGUCGAGAGAAGAGGCGGUGAUGAAGAUUAAGGCUGCGGUUGAUGCGAGAAGAGAGAGUGGUUCUGAUAUUGUGAUUGUGGCGCGUACGGAUUCUCGCCAGGCUUUGUCGUUGGAGGAAGCGCUGGUUAGGUCGAGGGCUUUUGUGGAUGCUGGAGCUGAUGUUCUUUUCAUUGACGCGCUGGCUUCCAGAGAAGAGAUGAAGGCUUUCUGUGAGGUUUCUCCGCUUGUUCCCAAAAUGGCUAAUAUGCUUGAGGGAGGGGGCAAGACGCCCAUACUUAAUCCUAUGGAGCUUCAGGAGAUUGGGUUUAAGAUCGUUGCGUAUCCGCUUUCAUUGAUUGGGGUUUCUAUACGAGCAAUGCAGGAUUCACUCACUGCCAUUAGAGGAGGUCGUAUUCCUCCUCCAGGAAGCAUGCCAUCUUUUGAAGAAAUUAAGGAUAUCUUAGGUUUCAAUGCGUACUAUGAAGAAGAGAAGCGUUAUGCUACAAGUACCAAUCAGCAGCUUUCGAAGAGUGGCUGGAUUUCUGGAUGGAAUUACAAACAUAGUUCCUGCUUUGGGUGGCGUAAACAUCAAAGAACUGUUGGAUGAUGCAACUGAGGAAGUUGGGGGAAAACUCUUGUUAGACUUUCAAGACAGGAUGGGUGACAGGAUUCAAGUAUUUCUGGAGUGAUUCCACAUUACUUUUCUCAAGUCCAACGGUAACUUGUUCUGGAAUACUGUUGUUUUAUUUGAGAUAAAAGUACGUUACAGAGAGAUUGGAGAAUAAUAGAUCCUACUAAAAAGGAAAUCAAACUAAAGAUAAAAAAAAUCAGUCGAGCAAAGAUACUCACUCCCUAAACAUAAAUAUAUGUUAAGGGGAACCUUUUAAAAAGUUCACGAGCUUUACACCAACUAGAAGCCAAAUGCCGUAUCCUACAGAAGCUGCUCACUCAGAUCACUUUAAAGACAUGAGAAUCAUACUCCAACCAUAUAUAUGAUCAGUUACUGAGCGAAUGAAAAGAUUUAAAAGUGUUACCUUUUCCUACUAGUAGGUUUUCUGAAACCUAUUAUGCAAUGCUAAUAAAUCAUCUAGUUCAGUUUUGUGCUUCUGAUAUCUAUUGACACAGUGGAAUCUUUAUUUUGGCCAUGAAUCGAUAUAGCAGAUCAGAAAAGAUAAAUCCUCUAUUCAUAUUUCUUAUUGACCCACUAUCCAACAACUUCCCUUACCAUAAAUUUUUACAUUCAUCUCUUAGAGAUUUUCUUCUAUAUUGUACAUUGAUAUAAUGCUUGAAAAAGCAGAAUCCAACAAGAAAACUAGAUUGGCGCUUCCUGGUUACUAUUGCAUUUUCCAAUUUUUAA